CAAGCAUUUCAGUGUAUUCAAUUGCGAAGUAUUCUUUUCUGUUCAAGCAAGUUGAUGAGAAACAAUCCAGUUUUCAUUACAAAAAAGAAAUAAAAUUUUUUUUGCAGGUAUUUCAAAUCAGAACGCAUAAAAAAUGAGUGCAACAUUUGAUCUAUGUGAUGAAUCGUCUGAAAUAUUUUUCAUUCGUCGAACAAUAGUAUGUCGCCCAUGUAUCGAAUCGAUUUCUUGUACGCGAGAAGAUUUUGAACGGCACACACAAAAAUGUUCACACAUAAAUCAAACUAGAAAAUAUUUGUCUACUCUGUCAACAAGUGAGGCACCAAAUAUUAUUUCGUCUACAUUUUAUGGCGAUUCUCAAUUCUCGAAUACGAUCAAACAUUCAAUCGAAGUUUCAGCAAAUCACACCAACGCUCAUAACAUUCAAUAUGAGGCAAACGCGAGAAAUGCUGAAAUUUCAAGAAAUUCAUGCGCAGAAGUAAGCCAAAAAGCUAUAGCUCAUGAGCCUUCUAUGGUUUUUGAACCCGUUUUGGACGAACGAAUUUCUCGUUCAAUCAAAAAAGUAAUAAAUCAAGACGUAAAUGGUGCAAUCAUACCAGUCACAUCACCAUUGUAUGCAGAUAAAUCGUUCGAAGAAGUUUUGUCAGAUGUUGAUUUAAAACAAGCAAUUGCCGCCAAAAUGUUUAUCAAACCAUCGAAAGUUCAAGUGACCCUGUUAACUCAAACAGUGGCAUCACAUGCUAACUUACUGGUUUGCAGUGAAGGUGGAACGGGAAAAUCCUUUGGAAUAGCAAUGUCGUGUUUAAAUAAUGUCGGCGAAUCGCGUUUACACAAACAAACGAUCAUUAUGUGUUCCACAUUUGAAUCAGCUAUACAAAUGUUCGGAUAUGUAUUGGAAUUGUAUAGUAGCCGUGACAGGAUUGCUUGUUUGGUCACUAAAUAUCCAAAACCACCAGAAAAUAUAAACGAAAAAAUAGUUGUUGGAACACCUUCUGAAAUCAUAGAGAAAUAUAGGACUGCAAGCUUGAUUGACGGCAUAGAAAAAAUAUAUUUUGAUGAUGCAGACCGUUAUAUGUCUUGGGGAAAAGUAAAGACAUUUGUAGAGAAGGUCCACGGACAAUUGAUUUAUGUAUCUGGCUAUCAAAAUGAAAACACGGAGAGGGUGUUCAAGAACUUCGGAAUGGCUACGGUUACGAAAGAGCCAUUCAUUGGCCUCGGAAAAGGAAGUAUUGAAUACAUUUUCAUAAAAUCAGCAGAUCCCACCAUGACCAUACAACGGAUAUGUAAAGAAUUUAGACAUACUACUGCACAGGCUGUGAUUUUUUGUGCCAAUCGCUCUGAAGCAUAUAAGCUAUCGAACCAUUUGAUCAACAAUAAUGUAAAUUGCAAACUUUUGUCUGGUGCCAUGUCGUAUAAAGACCGAGAAUUUGCAUUGACAUCAUUUUCUCUGGGAUCUACUCAAUUCAUUGUCUCCACCGAUGUUUUGAAUACUGCAAUUAACGGAAAUAAUGUCAAAGCAAUAAUUAUCGCACAAAUGCCGAAUUACAAAGGAGCUAUUGAUUUCAAGCGUUUUAGAUUCAGCGUUGGACGUUGCGAUCGUUUCGGAAAACAAGCUAUAGUUUUUUCAUUUGUUUCACAAGACGAUAUGAUCAAUGAAAUUCAAAAUCUCAGUAUCAAAAAGUUAAUCAUUGAAAAUUGAAAUUAUUUAAAAUAUGACGAAUAGUGGUGAAUAGUUGAAAACUCACCAAAUGGUGUAUACACGUUUCAUACAACUAUUUUCAGAAAAAAACACACUGUCAUCAAUUAUAUUUAUACUGCUGUCAACACUUCUAUAGAAUGACACGCGUUAAUUAUAACUAUAGUUACUUAUAAGCGCUUAUUUGUUGGUUUUUGAUAAAAUAAAAUAUAUUUGAUAUCUAUUCCAGAAGAAUUAUUGUUAUCAAAGUUUUUGUUUUAAAGUGUAAACACAAAAAAAUAUGUCGAAUGAUAAAAUGAAUGGCAUAUCGAAAAAAAGAAACCGCUACAUACCACAAAGGUUUGGAGCCGCCGGAGAAAUAAGUUCUGAUUCAUUCGAAAACGAUAUUUUUGGCGACAAUUCAUUCGAUGAUAUAAAUUAUGACCCACCAAAAAAUCCACCAAAAACCAUAGCAACAAUUUCAAAGGCAUCGUAUCCACAAAAUAAAAAAAAGAAAACUAAAGUCACUACAGAUAAGCAUCCCGACAAUAGAAAUCAAAAUGCAGAAAUUAAUUUUGAUGUUGAAUUCGAUUUGUUAAAAGAACAAAGGUCACUUGCUGGGACAAAGAGUAGCUUAGCUGGUCAUCAUGAUGAAAAAGGCGCUCAAAAUACAACAAAAACUCUUGACAUUGAUUUGAACUCUGAAAAAGAACCGCUAGCUCGAAACAUAGCACGCGACUAUGCAACAAGUGGUGGUAUUGAUGUCAUAAAUGAAUGUCCAUUUGAAGUGAGCAAUGAUAAAAUUGAAAAUAACGGUGAUAAAUUUAAUGAAUCAUGCUUGAAAAUUUUAUGGGAAUUACAAGCAAAUUCAAAAGAAACUUUGGCGAGAAUUGCAUUGUUAGAAAAUGCAAUGUUCAAGAACGAGCAUUUAGCUAUGAUGAUUAAUCAAAAAUCAAGUCUUGUGAAAAAAAUCGAAGACGCCAAAAUGUUUACUACCGCCAAUAAUCUACCCAUUCAAAAUGCAAAUCAAUUGGACAAAUUUGAGGAAAAUUUGAAAGAGGAAAAAUUCAAAGAGUUAGCGGUCAAUUGUCUAGCAAACAUACCAGAUGUAAAAGGCAAUAUUGGAAAUCAACCAAAAAUAUUAAAAAAAUUGUUAUUAGAAAUAAUGGACAAAAGUCUCAUUGCUCAAUUCAGUUGGACCGGAAAAUCAUCCAAUGGAAAGAAAAAAUCAUUUAAAAAUUUAAUUAAUGUGAAAGACUUAUUGUAUAAAUGUGUCAAUAGAAUUGACGUAAAUUUCACUGAAAUUUUAGCGGAAAACUAUCUGAAAAAUAAAAUAUUAAAAUACGCGAGCGAUUACAAACGGGAGAAAAAAUCUGACAUCAUACGGCUGCCGGAGUUAAUUAACUUAAGUGACUCAAAAGUUAAUUUAAGUCACGUAAAUCAAGUUCAUGUACCAACGACGCAGUCAAAAGCUGACAUUUGUUCAGAUGGCUAUGCUGUUGUAGACAAUAAUGUUGGAAGUGUUGAACGUGUUUGGGAUUUAACACAAAAAAGUGAUUUCCAAACUAAAAAGUAUGGUUCAAUUGAAGGCUUACCACUGGGUUCGAGAAUACUUCCCAUUAACAGUACAUAUUUGAGUGGUAAAAACAGUGAAGUAAUCCAGAAGGGUUUUAGAUUCCAAGACUAUGACCAUGUAGAGACGUACAAUCGAUUGUCCGAUGACGAUCCUCGAUACUCAGUCUUCAGUCAGCAAAUAAAAUCGAUUCCAACCUUAAAUCGCAUUACAACUCAUACACAAGCUCAAUCUCGAGGAGCGCAAUUAGUUGCACUAGCACUUGGCCAAAAAACGACACAAACAAAAUAUUGACUAUAUAGUUUUUAUACAAAAAGGUUAAAGAAAUUUUGACCAUCAAUAUGAAUAAAUUCAA